AUGUCGAAGAAUUCGUUUUUUCGAAAACGUAUUAAACUAGCAAUUGAUGUCGAUGAUGAUGAUGGACGACGAGAUGUAUGUGGUCGAAAACGAGUUGAUGUUAUUGAUUGUUUAUUCGAUUCAUCAUCUGAUGAAAAUGAUGAUACAAAUAUUCUUAAUCAAAAUACAAAUAUACUUUGGUUAACCUUUGCUGAAAUAUGCCAUAUUCGUUCUGUUCUUACUGAAACAACCCUCAGUACACUUAUGUUUAAUCAAGAUAAACAAUAUUCAAAAAUUAUUCAUGGAAAUUUAUGUUUUCGAUGUCGAAAACAGAUUUAUUCAUUAUUUUUCCUCUCAUCUUUUCUUUAUUCUACAAAUUCUUCUCUUUGUUAUAUAUGUCAACAGAGAAUAUGUAAAAAAUGUUCGUUAUCAAAUUUUUUACCACCUUUAUCAACACAUUUAUUUCCUGUUCAAAUAAAUACUUUAAUGAAAUUAUCAUCAAAUUCUAUUGAAAAUGAAAUGAGUUACAAAACAAAAAUCAAUCCACGAAUAAAAUCAAUCUGUUAUGAUUGUUCACAGAUAUUUAACGAACCUACAAAAUUUUCACGAUACUCAAUCAAAAUAUCAACUCCCGAUGUACAUCAAUCAUUUUUUUCUCGAAUUUGGUCAUUCAAUUUCAAUAUAACACGAUAUUUAUAA